CGCGGGAGAGGCGUCCACAGCGGCGGCGGCUGGGGCAGCGGCGGACCGGCGGCCGAGCAGGGCGGCGGCGGCUCGGGGUUAUAUCACUCACCAAGGACAGAGAAACCACAGGACUCUCGGGGACCACAGCCCUGAUUUAGGGAGCCAGACUUGUCUUGGCCAAACAGCUGCUCAUCUGGUUCGUUCUGUCAGCCUGGAUUGGUGAAUCUGAGUCACAAGGGAGAUCUCCAGGUUUGCUGGGAUGGGAAACCUGCUCAAAGUCCUUACCAGGGAAAUUGAAAACUACCCACAUUUUUUCCUGGAUUUUGAAAAUGCCCAGCCCACAGAAGGAGAGAGGGAAAUAUGGAACCAGAUCAGCGCCGUCCUCCAGGAUUCCGAGAGCAUCCUCGCAGACCUGCAGGCUUACAAGGGCGCGGGGCCAGAGAUCCGAGACGCCAUUCAAAAUCCCAAUGACAUUCAGCUUCAAGAAAAAGCUUGGAACGCAGUGUGUCCUUUGGUCGUGAGGCUAAAGAGAUUUUAUGAGUUUUCUAUCAGGCUAGAAAAAGCUCUUCAGAGUUUACUGGAAUCUCUGACCUGUCCACCCUACACACCGACGCAACACCUGGAACGGGAGCAGGCCCUGGCAAAGGAGUUUGCGGAAAUUCUGCAUUUCACCCUUCGAUUUGAUGAACUGAAGAUGAGGAACCCGGCUAUUCAGAAUGACUUCAGCUACUAUAGAAGGACCAUCAGUCGUAACCGCAUCAACAACAUGCAUCUAGACAUUGAGAACGAAGUCAACAACGAGAUGGCCAACCGAAUGUCCCUCUUCUAUGCAGAAGCCACGCCGAUGCUGAAAAUGCUCAGCAACGCCACCAUGCACUUUGUCUCCGAAAACAAAACGCUGCCAAUAGAGAAUACCACAGACUGCCUCAGUACCAUGACGAGCGUUUGUAAAGUCAUGCUGGAAACUCCGGAGUACAGGAGUAGGUUUACAAGCGAAGAAACGCUGAUGUUCUGCAUGAGGGUGAUGGUGGGGGUCAUCAUCCUCUACGACCACGUCCACCCCGUGGGAGCUUUCUGCAAGACAUCCAAGAUCGAUAUGAAAGGCUGUAUAAAGGUGUUGAAGGAACAGGCCCCAGACAGUGUGGAGGGGCUGCUGAAUGCCCUCAGAUGGAAGAAACUGAAAUUUAGAGAAGUCAGCUCACUUGGCAAAAGUCACACAGCAGAUGGCUGAGCCGGGAUCUAAACCCAGGCCUGGGUGACCCCGCAGGUUCACUACAAAACACUUGAAUGAUGAAUCGACUUCUAAACAGAUUCGAGCAAUGCUUCAGUAAAGCUUUGCUCAGUGAAGAGGAUCUUUGAACUGACCUCAGAAGAUGUAUAUGUUUACAUUAUUUAAUACAGAUUGAUGUUAAUACUCGUGUAUUUACAUAACCGUUUCCUUCUUGUCCCUGAAAUAUAUGGACCUUAAUUUGUAUCCUGACUGACUCAACCCAGCAGAGCAUAAAUUGACUGGAGAGCCUUAUCUUCGAUGUCUGAAACGAAAACCCCUUCUCCAAAAGGAGAAUUCUGGAGACAUUGAUCUUUGCUACUGGAGUUCCUUACACCUUUAACAAUCAGAAAUUCCUAA